CGAAUCUAGGGAUUUUUUGAAGCUUUUGGAGCGCUGGAGGGAUUUUUUUUGAAAUCUAGGGAUUUAUUAAACUGUGCUGGCGCCAUUUUUUGUUGUUAUUAAAUAUCUUUUUGUUCAAAUAUUAUUAUUAUUGUCAUUAUUUAUUGUUCCCUGACAUAAAUAUUCCUAAGUAAACAUUAAAACAUUACCUAAUCAAUGAUUAAAGUGGAUUAAACAUAGUGUUUAAUAGGUUAUAAAUUAAAUUGACAGCUGUCAUCUGUCAAUUUCUUCUUUUUUAGGUCAAAUUAAUACGAUUUAGGGAUUUCUAGGGGAAAUUGAAGCUCCCGUCUAGGGAUAUUCUGAAAUUUCAUCUGGCAACCCUGCAUCGUCAUUCCAUGAUGGAAGAUGGAAUUUGCAAAUCACACAACACUUUUUUCUGUUUCAAUCAUCCAUAGUCCAUCAUCUUCAUCAUUGUUUAUUUUUAUUUUUUAUUGUUGUAUAUUAAAAAUAUUUUUUAUAAUCAAAAUACAAGGAAAACGUAUUAUUACUUGAUAUUACUGCAACUGUCUGCAACAUAUAAAAUCAUGUUUACUAAAAAUGAAACUGAAGUAAAGCAAGAAGUUGAUGAAAUGACCUGCAAAACAGAAAUAGAUGAAGUUCUACAGGAGUCCUUUAAAAUUGAAGUGAAGGAGGAACCUGCCAGUGAAAGUACAAAUUAUGAUACAUUUAAUUAUGUAGACGUUAAGACAUAUCCUAUAAAAGCUGAACUAGAUCAAGAUGAUGGUUUCUCUUGUGAAGACAAGAAAACUGAUGUCAGUAGCCUAUUAACGAAUCAUGAUAGAAGUGACAGUCAUUUGAACCAAUAUAUAACUUCCACUACCAAUGUGAACACUGGAGGCCAACAACACACUGGGGAAAAACCAUUUAAAUGUGAAAUUUGCACCAAACAGUUUUCAACAAAAGGUUAUUUAAAAAAACAUAUGAUAGUGCAUAGUGAUGAAAAACCAUUUGAAUGUGAAAUUUGCACCAAACAAUUUUCAACAAAGGGUUAUUUAAAAAAACAUAUGAUAGUGCAUACUGACGAAAAAUCAUUUGAAUGUGAAAUUUGCACUAGACCCUUUUCAUCGAAACAUAAUUUAAAAUCGCAUAUGAGAGUGCAUACGGGUGAAAGACCAUUUAAAUGUGAACUGUGCACCAAACAAUUUUCAACGAAAUGCAUUUUAAAAAAUCAUAUGAUAGUGCAUACUGAUAAAAAACCAUUUAGAUGUGAAAUUUGCAACAAACAGUUUUCAACGAAACCACUUUUAAAAUCUCAUAUGAGAGUGCAUACUGAUGAAAAAGCAUUUGAAUGUAACAUUUGCAACAAACAAUUUUCAACAAAGAUAUAUUUAAAAAACCAUAACAUGACAGUACAUAUUGAUGAAAAACCAUUUGGAUGUGAAAUUUGCACCAAACACUUUCCAACGAAACAAGUUUUAAAAAGGCAUAUGAGAUGGCAUCCUAGUGAAAAACCAUUUGAAUGUGAAAUUUGCACUAGACCCUUUUCAUCGAAACACCAUUUAAAAGCACAUAUGAGAGUGCAUACUGGUGAAAAACCAUUUGAAUGUGAAAUUUGCACCAAACAGUUUUCAGCAAAGGGUAGUUUAACAAUACAUAUGAAAUUGCAUACUGGUAAAAAAUUAUUUGAAUGUGAAAUUUGCAACAAACAAUUUUCACAAAAGAAUUCUUUAAAAAUACAUAUGCCAGUACAUACUGGUGAAAAGCCAUUUAAAUGUGACAUUUGCACUAGACCCUUUCCAUCGCAAUACCAUUUAAAAGCGCAUAUGAGAGUGCAUACUGGUGAAAAACCAUUUGAAUGUGAAAUUUGCACCAAACAGUUUUCAUCGAAAGAAGUUUUAAGAAAGCAUAUGGCAGUGCAUACUGAUGAAAAACCAAUUAGUUGUGAAGUUUGCACCAAACAGUUUGCAACAUAUGCAUAUUUGAAAUUGCAUAUGAGAGUGCACACUGGUGAAAAUCCAAUUGAAUGUGAAAUUUGCACCAAACGGUUUUCAGUAAAGAGUUAUUUAACGCAACAUAUGAAAUUGCAUACUGGUGAAAAACCAUUUCAAUGCGAAAUUUGCACCAAACAGUUCCCAAUGAAAAUAUAUUUAAAAUCGCAUAUGAGAGUGCAUACUGGUGAAAAACUAUUUGAAUGCGAAAUUUGCACCAAAAAGUUUUCAACGAAACAAGUUUUAAAAUCACACAUAAGAGUGCAUACUGGUGAAAAACCAUUUCAAUGUGAAAUUUGCACCAAACAGUUCCCAAUGAAAAUAUAUUUAAAAUCGCAUAUGAGAGUGCAUACUGGUGAAAAACUAUUUGAAUGCGAAAUUUGCACCAAAAAGUUUUCAACGAAACAAGUUUUAAAAUCACACAUAAGAGUGCAUACUGGUGAAAAACCAUUUCAAUGCGAAAUUUGCACCAAACAGUUCCCAAUGAAAAUAUAUUUAAAAUCGCAUAUGAGAGUGCAUACUGGUGAAAAACCAUUUGAAUGCGAAAUUUGCACCAAAAAGUUUUCAACGAAACAAGUUUUAAAAUCACACAUAAGAGUGCAUACUGGUGAAAAACCAUUUCAAUGUGAAAUUUGCACCAAACAAUUUUCAACGAAAGAAGCUUUAAAAUUGCAUAUGAGAGUGCAUACAGGUGAAAAACCAUUUGAAUGUGAAAUUUGCACCAAACAGUUUUCAAAGAAAAUAAUUUUAAAAUCGCACAUGAGAGUGCAUACUGGUGAAAAACCAUUGCAAUGUGAAAUUUGCGCCAAACAGUUUUCAACGAAGGAGGCUUUAAAAUGGCAUAUCAGAGAGCAUACUGGUGAAAAACCAUUUGAAUGUGAAAUUUGCACCAAGCAGUUUCAAACGAAAGAAGCUUUAAAAGUGCAUAUGAGGGUGCAUACUGGUGAAAAACCAUUUGAAUGUGAAAUUUGCACCAAACAAUUUUCAUUGAAGAGUAAUUUAAAAGUGCAUAUGACAAUGCAUACUGAUAAUAAAUAAUCUUUGAAUGUGAAAUUUGCACUAGAUCCUUUUCACUGAAACCCAAUUUAAAAUCGCAUAUGAGAGUGCAGAGAGGAAAAAAACCAUUCGAAUGUGAAAUGUGUAAUAAAUAUAUAGCAUGAGGCAGAUAAAGGGCCUAUUAGUAAUAUCUCAAGAACUAAAGGCAAUUGAAUCAUGAAAAUUGGAAUGAAGGGGUUUUGAAGGCUGAUCUAUUUAAUGAAAAUAUUUUCAUCUAUUUGGUACUUACGGUUAUACCGGAAGUUGCUUAUAACUUGUUUUUUUUAAUGGGAGACCCUGAAUAUUUUUACAUAUUCGGAUUAUCCUUGAUUUCAUUUUUCUUAAAAUAUGAGGUUUUGUAAUAUUAUACUCUGUAGUUUAAAAGAUAACUCGGUUUGUUUAUUCACUUCGUAGCAACUUUCACACACUGUAAAAUUGUAGUAGU